AGGAGAGAGAAGAACUGAGAGAAGUGAAGGAGGAGAGAGAAGAACUGAUGGAAGUCGAGGAGGAACAUCAUGUCAAACCUGAAGAAAAUCCUUUUGACUCAAGGACUAAAAAGACAUAUUUAAAGAAAACAAUAGCCAAGAAAUCUUUCACCUGUACUCAGUUUGGAAAGAGUUUCACACACAAAUACAAUCGUGAGAGACAUAUGAUGAUCCACAGAGAGAAGCCGUUCUCAUGCAAACAAUGUGGGAAUAAUUUCAGUCAAUUAGGACACUUUAAAGCUCACAUGAGGAUCCACACCGGAGAGAAGCCGUUCUCAUGUGAUCAGUGUGGCAAAGCAUUUCUCAGGGCAUCAGACCUGAAGACACACCUGAGAAUUCAUAUGAAGGACAAGCCACAUUCAUGUUCUGUGUGUGGAAAGAGUUUUUCACAGCUAUCAUAUUUACAUAAACACCAGAAAACUCACACUGCUGUGAGAGAGUACAUGUGCUUCGAGUGUGAGAAGACUUUUGCAACAGGGAAAGAUUUAAUCAUACACCAGAGAAUUCACACUGGAGAAAAACCUUACAAGUGUUCACACUGUGACAGUAGAUUCAGUCAGUUAGGAAAUCUGAAAUCACAUGAGAGGAUCCACACUGGAGAAAAACCUUACAAGUGUUCACACUGUGACAAGAGAUUCAGUCAGUCAUCAUCUGUGAAAACACAUGAGGAGAUCCACAGCGGAGAAAAACUUUACAAGUGUUCACACUGUGAAAAGAGAUUCAAUCUGUCAUCAUCUAUGAAAACACAUGAGAUGAUCCACACUGGAAAAAAACCUUACAAGUGUUCACACUGUGACAAGAGAUUCAGUCGAUCAUCAUCUAUGAAAACACAUGAGAUGAUCCACACUGGAGAAAAACCUUACAAGUGUUCACACUGUGACAGGAGAUUUAGUCGGUCAGAACAUCUGAAAACGCAUGAGAGGAUCCACACCGGAGAAAAACCUUACAAGUGUUCACACUGUGACAAGAGAUUUAGUCGGUCAGAACAUCUGAAAACGCAUGAGAGGAUCCACACUGGAGAAAAACCUUACAAGUGUUCACACUGUGACAAGAGAUUCAGUCAUUCAUCAAAUCUGAAAACACAUGAGAAGAACCACACCGGAGAAAAACCUUCCAAGUGUUCACACUGUGACAAGAUAUUUAGUCAGUCAUCAUCUCUGAAAACACAUGAGAAGAUCCACACUGGAGAAAAACCUUACAAGUGUUCACACUGUGACAAGAGAUUCAGUCAGUUAUCAUCUCUGAAAACACAUGAGCUGAUCCACACUGGAGAAAAACCUUACAAGUGUUCACACUGUGACAAGAGAUUCAGUCACUCAUCACAUCUGAAAACACAUGAGAGGAUCCACACUGGAGAAAAACCUUACAAGUGUUCACACUGUGACAAGAGAUUCAGUGAUUCAUCAUAUCUGAAAACACAUGAGAAGAUCCACAGCGGAGAAAAACCUUACAAGUGUUCACACUGUGAAAAGAGAUUCAAUCUGUCAUCAACUCUGAAAACACAUGAGAUGAUCCACACUGGAGAAAAACCUUACAAGUGUUCACACUGUGACAAGAGAUUCAGUGAUUCAUCAUAUCUGAAAACACAUGAGAAGAUCCACAGCGGAGAAAAACCUUACAAGUGUUCACACUGUGAAAAGAGAUUCAAUCUGUCAUCAACUCUGAAAACACAUGAGAUGAUCCACACUGGAGAAAAACCUUACAAGUGUUCACACUGUGACAAGAGAUUCAGUCGAUCAUCAUCUAUGAAAACACAUGAGAUGAUCCACACUGGAAAGAAACCUUACAAGUGUUCACACUGUGACAAGAGAUUCAGUCGGUCAGAACAUCUGAAAACACAUGAGAGGAUCCACACUGGAGAAAAACCUUACAAGUGUUCACACUGUGACAAGAGAUUCAGUCGGUCAGAACAUCUGAAAACACAUGAGAGGAUCCACACUGGAGAAAAACCUUACAAGUGUUCACACUGUGACAAGAGAUUCAGUCGGUCAGAACAUCUGAAAACACAUGAGAGGAUCCACACUGGAGAAAAACCUUACAAGUGUUCACACUGUGACAAGAGAUUCAGUCAUUCAUCAAAUCUGAAAACACAUGAGAGGAUCCACACUGGAGAAAAACCUUUCAAGUGUUCACACUGAC